AUGCACAUUCAUCAGACGAUACCAGUGACGAUUGUGGAUCCCGUAACUGCCGCCCCAUCGCCAUCCGUUAAACAUAUUGAAGACCGCACAUUAUAUGCUUAUCGUAAUAUGGGAUUCGCCUUAACACAUUAUCAUCCUUCUUUAACGGGAGCCAAAUGUCAUCCUCUUGUCAUUGAAAAUAUGAAUCAAUUACGUAUGUAUCACAGAAGAGAAUUUAUAUACCAGGUGUUACUACGUCGUACUUAUAAUGUAAAGACAUUUCAAACCGCACUUGGUAUUAUGGCGGACCCACAGGAACCAUUUAAUGCGGUGGAUCAAUUAGUAGAUAUGAGAUCUUUUGCUUAUCACCAUACAGCUGCGGAUCAAGAUAUUAUUAAGAGUUUUUGUCGACAAUUAGAAUCCCCUUUUGCUCCAUCAUCACAUAUGCGAUUUGAUGCAUUGGCAGUGAGUCCUUAUGCAUCUGCUUUUAUAACUUCCUGCGAUAAAUUAACGGAAGAAUUUGUGAUAAAUUUUGUGCGGACUGCACAUUAUACAUAUUUUCUUUAUCAACAUACUAAAAAUCCCCGUUAUCUUGAAGCUUGGAAAACUUUUUAUGGUCCACGUGAAGAUAAAUUUAAAAAAAGGCCAGUUCUCUUAUACAUUGGAGUUGGGCCGCAGGAAUUUCCUGAAGAUGAAAUGGAUGAAAAUACAGUACGUUCACUGCGUUCUUUGAUAGCCCGUAGUACAGAAAGUGUACAACUUCCACCUGCUGAAUUAUCAACGGCGUUAACAUCCGAAUCUGCAUUUCGUACAGCACAGAAAUAUGGUGUUCGAAUAUUGCAGCGGUGGCAGAUGCGGUACUUUAUCCGGUGA